AUGGUUAGUGGAAAUGAAUCAGCGCAUCAAAAGUUUGUUGACAUAGCCGAAGCAUAUGAGAUUCUAUCAACCGCUUCUACGAGGAAGAUCUAUGAUAAAUACGGCCAUGAAGGUCUGAAACAAAAUCAACAAGGCGGGGGGGCGACGCACGACCCGUUCGAUUUAUUUUCGCGUUUUUUUGGCGGUGGUGGGCAAAACGGCCAGCGACGCGGUCAUGAUAUGGAAGUCCGACUACAAGGACCACUUCGGGAUUUUUACAACGGCAGAGAAGCCGAAUUUCAGAUCGAAAAACAGCAGAUCUGUGAUACAUGUGAAGGCUCGGGAUCUGCUGAUGGGAAAGUGGAGACCUGCUCACAAUGUGGCGGCCAUGGGAUCGUUUUAAAGAAACAUAUGUUAGCACCUGGCAUAUUCCAACAAGUGCAAAUGCAUUGCGAUAAAUGCGGCGGGAAAGGGAAAACGAUAUUACACCCUUGCCCUACUUGCCAGGGCAAUCGCGUUGUGCGAAAAGUAGUCUCGCUGACGGCCAACAUAGAACGAGGAAUGGGCAAGGGCUCAAGGAUAGUGUUCGAAAACGAAGCCGAUGAAAGCCCAGACUGGGUUGCGGGCGACCUAAUAGUCGUUCUAGCAGAAGCAGAGCCGAAGCUUGGUGAUAGCGAUGAGGAGAGGACCGACGGCGUUUUCUUCCGUCGUAAAGGCAAGGACUUGUUCUGGAAAGAAGUUCUUAGCCUUCGGGAAGCUUGGAUGGGGGAUUGGACCCGGAACAUCACCCAUCUUGAUGGACAUAUUGUUCAGCUUGGUCGAAAGCGAGGCGAGACUGUUCAACCACUGACAGUGGAAACAGUGAAGGGUGAAGGGAUGCCGAUUUGGCACGGAGGUCAUAUGCACGAACACGGCGGUGAAGAAUUUGGAAAUCUUUACGUUGAAUAUACUGUGGUACUACCUGAUGAAAUGGAAAAGGGGAUGGAGAAGGAUUUCUUCUCUUUGUUUGAGAAAUGGAGAAAGAAGGGUGGGGUGGACUUGCAAAAGGAUUCUGGCCGGCCUAUUCCUUCGAAGGACGAAUUGUAA